AUUUGUGUAUAUGAUUUUAUUUUCGAGUCACGUAGUCAUGAAACAAAAAUGGACGACUUGACAUUUGGGUCGCACAGACUAGUUCAUCUUGAUCUUAAAGGUGCACCGCCACGAGUAUCUUAUUUUGAAAAGUUAUUCCCGUUGCUGAGAACAUGGGGAGCUACUGGAUUAUUAUUAGAAUGGGAGGAUACAUUUCCAUAUAAUCGAGAAUUGUCUUCAAUUGGGAGCAAUGGACCCAGUAGUCUAGGCAGCGGAUAUACAAUUCAAGAAGCUCAGCAAAUUCUUCAAAUCGCUGGCGAUUGUGGUCUAGCUGUCAUACCUUUAGUACAAACAUUUGGACAUCUCGAGUUCGUUUUAAAACACGACGAAUGGAGAUCAUUGAGAGAAGUGGAAAACUUUCCAAGCUCAAUAUGUCCAUCGAACCCUGGCACUUUGCCUCUUGUAAAAUCACUAGUCCGUCAAAUAGUUUCCUUCCACCCUGACAUACAGUACCUGCAUAUUGGAGCUGAUGAAGUCUGGCAUCUAGGCCUGUGUGAUGUCUGUUCCAAGCGGGCGAGUUUGAGUAAACAUGGAAAGUUUUCACUUUACUUGGAACAUGUAAUGGCAAUUGCUCAGUAUAUUAAAGAAAUGUAUCCAUGCUUGAAGAUUAUCAUCUGGGAUGAUAUGAUGAGAUCAAUAGGCUUAGAAGCUCUAAAUGAGCACUAUGUUGGAAAAUAUUUGGAACCUAUGAUAUGGCAUUACAAUUCACGUGAAACAUUUUCUCUUUCCCAAGAACUUUGGAAUAAAUUUAGUGCAGUAUUCCCAAACAUAUGGGUCGCAACAGCUUAUAAAGGAGCCACAGGAUCAACACGUCAGCUUCCGGUGAUAAGUCAUCACAUAAGCAAUCACGAGAGGUGGCUAGAAGAGCUCGGUACUCAUGUUAAUAAAAUAAAUGAAUUUCGUGGGACUGCAUUUACUGGGUGGUCAAGAUACGAUCACUAUGCGACAAUGUGUGAACUUUUACCAACGGCGAUACCCUCGCUGGCACUUUGUUUGAGAGUAUGGCUGCACGGAUACUCAGAACAAACGCACAUGCAAGUUGCCAAGAGUCUAGGGUACAUCGAUCACCCGCUGCACAUUAAUCCGCAAAUUAGACCAGCUCCUAUUCCUAGUAAUUUGUCGUAUCCCGGGUGGCAAUUAACUGGCGGUAUUGAGUGGUUUUUAAAUUUUAAAAUUAAGUAUGACAAUACAGUUAACAGUGAACAAAUAUCAACGUGGAUGAAUCCUUGGCAAUUAGCUAAUAAUUAUACAAAUCCAAUGCAGCUUGAGAGUUUACUUCCUGCAUUCACUGACAUGCUGCUUGAACAUUCAUCAUUAGAGUCUUACCUAAAAGUUCAAAUGGAAGCAAUAUUUUUUGCGCCAACAAUAGACGAAUGGAUUGGGACACAUUUACAACCGAUAAGAAAUAAAUUAUUAGAGCUAAAACUUACUGUUGAGAACCAGAUUAAAAUAAAUAGUCGUAGUUAAUUUUAUUUAUUUAUUUAUUUAAUUAGCUUUACUUUUAUUAAACUCAAAGACUGAGUUGUUGAUGAAACAGUAACAGAGAUAAUAAUGAUCAGUGAUCUCAUUCAAAGCGUUCCAAUUCAGCUUAUUUUUUUAAAUUAAUUAAUUAAUAAUAAUAAUUAUAAUUAUUAUGUAACAAUUGUAAAUAUAAAUAUUUUUCUCUUAAAAAAAAAUAUUUAUUUUUUAGCUACUAUAGGCAAAGAUAUAUAAAUGUAUAUUAAAUAAUAUGUCAUGCUGUCAAAUUAAGUAAUUAAUCAGUCAAAUUAAUUUAAUGUACACUUUUUAAUUGCUCAGGUAAAAAAAUAUUGUAAUGAUGAAGAGAAAAUGUUUGAAAGUCAUGAGCUUGAUGUCUUAGCGCAUCAGUUGUGGAAUGUCCUGUGCACUAAACAUUUAAGAUGAUAAAAAUUUACGAUUGAUAAAAUAUUCUUGUAUUUAAAUUAUUAAUCUUAAUAGCAAAGAUGAUGACUUGCUAGACUUAUAGAAUCAGCGCUUGAAAAAUUUCGUAGGGUAGAGGUACCAUUUGUGGCCAUUGAUCUAUUUCUGGACAUUCAAUACUUCAUUUUAAUUAAUGAAAAGUGUAAAACAAAAUUUGUAUUUUAACAGAGUGAUAAAAGUAUUUUUAAAAAUUAAUUGCUAUUGCGCCUUUUAUAAAUUAUUUUAUUUAAAUUUUUCAAGUGUCCAAAACUGGCAUUAGACGGUACCUUUCUUCUGUAAGAAAUUAUUGUGCUGAGUAAAAUAAUUAAUGUAAUAAUUAAAAUUUUAAACUUUUAAUUAAUUAAAAGUAUUUUUUGACUUAAAUCAUGAAACUCAUAAUUAAUAAAACUCUUGAUUAUAAUAAUAAUCUGUGUAAAAAAAAAAUCUUAAAAUUUUACCAAAAUUUUUUCUGUGAACUCAAAAAUUCAAAACUCAUUUCUAUAUUUUUUUUUCUACAAAAAAAAUUUAAACUUAAAUUUUUUAAAAAAGGUACAAAACUGGAAUUUUUAUUGAUUUUAAUUUUUAAAAAAUCAGCUGACAAUUUCUCAUACAUAAAAUUUGUAUUUUUACUCGGAAAAUGGGAAGUCGGUUUCCGUGGCCCCACCAAAUGAUCGCGAAUUCUUGUAGAACUCGAAAAAUGGACUAAUUCAGACGUUUUUUUUCAAAAUUUUCGUUUUCAAAUGCAAUUUCCUCAAAAAAAAAAUACAAAAAAAUUAAAGAUCUUAAAAUCUAUGAAAUAUUUCACUUUUUUUAAAAACUCGCAUUUUUCUCGAAAUCCAUUUUUCUCAAAAACUAAGCGAAAUAUCGAAAAAUUUUAUUCACGGUCAUUUAGCGGUGCCACAGAAACCGUAGAAUCCCCCGGAAAAUUAUUUAUCUUGAGUCAUUUUAAUUUUCCCACAUGCAUAAGAAAUAUUAAAAAUAAAAAAUAAAAUCUAGUUUACAUAAGUAUUUAUUUUAAAAAAUUCGGUACAAAAGUUAAGAAAUAUAUUAUAAUAUACAGAGCUAGAAUAAAUCGUACAAUAAUAGUAUUAAGAUUAAGUACUUGUAAAAUAUAAAAAAAAAUUACAAAUUAUAAUUAAUGUUUUAAAAUCCCGCAUUAUUGCACCUUGCAAAUUUUUAUUUAAUAAAGUGGACAGAUAUAUAGAUCUUUAUUUAGCAAGGAUUUAUUUAUUAAUAAUAAAUAAUUUAAAUCUUGCAGGAA